AUGAUAUAUUUAUUUUAUAAAUAAAUAUUCACAGCCAUGAGAGAGCCAAGGAUGCAAUAUUCUACUCCUAUAAUAGACACAUCAAUGGUUUUGCAGCAAUAUUAGAAGAAAAAGAAGCAGAAGAGCUAGCAAGGAAUCCAAAUGUAGUUUCUGUAUCUUUGAACAAAAUGCAUCAAUUGCAUACAACAAGGUCAUGGGAAUUUCUUGGACUAGAAGGAAAUAGAAUACUUCCUAAGUACUCCAUUUGGGAGAAGGCAAGAUAUGGUGAUGAUACAAUCAUUGGUAACCUUGAUACAGGUGUAUGGCCUGAAUCUCAGAGCUUUAGUGACCAAGGAAUGAGCCCUAUUCCAUCAAAAUGGCGCGGAAAUGGGAUAUGCCAAAUCGACAAUUUUAUUGACUCCAACAAAACUUAUUGCAACAGGAAGCUUAUAGGAGCAAGAUUUUUCUACAAAGGUUAUGAGGCAUAUGCAGGAAAACUCGGUGCAUUAUUUUACACCGCACGGGACACGAUAGGUCAUGGUUCUCACACACUAUCAACAGCUGGAGGUAAUUUUGUUCAAGGAGUAAGUGUUUUGGGCAAUGGUAAUGGCACUGCCAAAGGUGGAUCUCCGAAGGCUCGUGUUGCGGCCUACAAAGUGUGUUGGCUACUUGGCUGCAAUGACGCAGAUAUCUUAGCAGGUUUUGAGGCUGCCAUAAGUGAUGGUGUUGAUGUGCUUUCAGUUUCUCUUGGAGGAAAGACUAAAAAUCUGUUUACAGAUUCAGUUGCUAUAGGUUCCUUCCAUGCAGUUGCAAAUAGUAUAGUAGUAGUUAGUUCUGCUGGAAAUGAUGGACCCUAUUUUGGAACUGUUGUAAAUACGGCACCUUGGUUAUUCACUGUUGCCGCUAGCACAAUUGAUAGAGACUUCACCAGUUAUGUUAAACUAGGUGACAACACGUACAUUAAGGGAACAAGUCUUUCAUCUAAGGACUUGCCAUCCCGCGAGUUCUAUCCUUUGAUUAGUGCUAAAGAAGCCAAACAUUUCUAUGUUAUAUCUAGAGAAGCCAAGUUCUGCAGACAUGGAACACUUGAUGUCGAAAAGGUGAUGGGAAAAAUAGUGGUAUGCCUUGAAGAUGAAUUAUUUGGAAUUGCUAAUGCAGGUGAAGAAGCUUCUUCAGCAGGAGCAGUAGGAAUGAUUUUGGCUAGUGAUUAUAAAAGCUUUUAUGAUUUUACUGCAUACCCUCAUGUUUUACCUACUUCACAUGUCAAUUAUUCUGAUGGUCAAUAUAUUUAUUCCUACAUCCAAAGUGAAAAUAACCCUGUUGCUUACAUAACAAAAGCAAUAACAGAAUUUCCAAUUAUUCCAGCUCCAGUGAUUGCUUCAUUUUCAUCAAGGGGACCUAGCACAAUUCUUCCAUCAAUUCUAAAACCUGAUAUCACUGCACCUGGAGUGAACAUAAUUGCUGCUUACUCAGAAGCCACAAGUGUAUUUGGAAUAGAAUCAAAUAAUAGGAUUCCAUAUAAUUCCUUUUCUGGAACUUCUAUGUCAUGCCCUCAUGUGUCUGGCAUAGUAGGUCUUCUCAAAACACUUCAUCCUGAAUGGAGUCCAGCAGCUAUCAAAUCAGCAAUUAUGACCACUGCAAGCAAAACGGACAACAGCAAAAGACCUAUCAAGGAUCGAUUCUACGAAAAUGCAACUCCAUUUGCAUAUGGUUCGGGUCACAUUCAGCCUGAUCUUGCUAUAGACCCUGGACUAAUUUACGAUCUUAAUGUGGUAGAUUACUUAAACCUAUUAUGUGGUUAUAAUCAAAGCCAUAAACAAAUUAAGGCUAUUUACAACAAGCCUUUCAUUUGUCCAAAGUCCUACAAUGUGUUGGAUUUCAACUACCCUACAAUCACAAUACUUGAUCUCGAGGACAAAACCGUAAAUGUUAGUCGAACUGUUACAAAUGUUGGACGUCCAAGUACAUAUAUCAUGCAAUCCAAGGCACCUGAUGGAGUUUCAGUUGUGGUUGAGCCAAGUUACUUGAGCUUUAAGAAAGUUGGUGAGAAAAAAUCAUUCAAGGUUAUUGUGAUGAAAACUAUGGAUAAUGGUGAUGAUGUUUCUACUACAUUGGAUUAUGUAUUUGGGGAAUUAUUGUGGACAAAUGGAAAUCAUAGAGUAAGGAGUACUAUUGCAGUGAAGUUCAAGUAGAAAUUAAUUUCAUGUCAAUUGCUUAGAGUUGUAGAGCCAUUAAUCAAUAAAUUUAGAAAGUGAUGUGAUUUGUUAUAUAGUUAUCUGCAGAUUAUAAUCUUUGAUGCUAAUGUAAAGUUACAACUUAUUUCAGCAAAAAAAGAAAGAAAAAAAAGUUAGAAUUUAUCUCUAGCAUCUUAUAAGAAAUCAUAAAAUUUCAUUAGAAAUUUUUGGUCUGAGCUACUAAAUCAGAGGGAUUUUCUCCAUCGUGAUUCAAAUUCUCUGUGAAUACUGUUGUGUUGCAUGAGAUCACUUUAAUCAUAGUAUUCACUUUAGUGUAUAUUUGGUUUUACACCAAAAAAAGUUGAUUUUUUAGUUAAUUGAUACACUUCAAAGGAUUUAUAUUUGGGUGGAGGUAAAGAUUGUGAGUGGAGUGGAGGUUUGCGAAUUCAGACCGAAUUUGCAAGACCGAAUUCGUGAAAGCACCGUGAACCGGUAGUUGCGAACUGAUUCGCGAUUCACAGGCUGUAUAGCGAAUUAUGUGACUAUGGUUUUGCUAGAGGUCUUGGUGAUUGUGAUGUUAUAGUGGCGGAGCUUUGGGGUGUUUUAGUAUGCCCGACGACUUGGUUUCCGGCGCAUUGAAUUGCAUAGUGAUUCACGGGUGGUAGUUCAUAUGGUCAACUAUGCAGAAGGAAAUUAUUCAAAAGGUUGGAGCAUUUGUAGGAGGAUUUCUUCAGCUAAAUUGGGAGGUGUGAAUAUGUAAUAUUAUGAAGCAAAUUUGUGUGUGAAUGCUCUUGCGCAUAUAGGUUGUAAAUUGGAAAAUUCUAUGAUGUAAUAUGAGUCGUGUCCGACUCAAAUUAGACACUUAAUGACAGCUGACGCAGCUGAGACCAAUGUUUCCAAACUAGUUUUAGUGUAACCUUUCCUCAGGGCUUAGGCCCUCCAUUCAAUAAAAAAAGAAGUUAUAUUUAAA